AUGCCUCAGCAGUUUACGAUGCCUAUAGCUAGUACUCCUGCUGUCCCUGUGGUUAGUUCUACUGUGCUUCCUCCCAGGAGCCCCGUGAUGCCUACCGUUACCGAGAUCCCUCCGUUACCACCUAACAACCCAAUGUUACCUGCCUACACAGAAAUCCCUCUCACUCCACCUUCAGGAGACCCCAUAAUGCCUAUUCCUACCAACGGUGGGAUUCCCCGAGGACCUCUUAACAUCCCAUUGUUACCCACCUCCACUGGGAUGCCUCCCACCGUUCCUCCAAGGAACCCCGUGAUAUCUGCCGUCACCAGAAUUCCUCCCACUUUUUCUCCUAGGUUCCCAAUGAUACCUAGUGUUACAAGGAUGCUUUCCACCCUACCUCCUAGGAAUCCCGAAAAUUCUGCUGUCACUGGGUUACCUCCUAGUUCUCCUAGAUAUCCGAUGAUAGCUACCGUUUCCGGGAUGCCUCCCACUCUUCCUCCCAAACCCGCACUACCUUCAGUCGGUAUAAUACCACCCACUUUGCCCCCUCCUAUCGACCCCAGAAUUUCUAAUGCUCAAGACCCUAUCACUGUUCGUGAAUUACGAUGUCCGGACUCUUGCCCGGAAUUUUGCCGGAAGUCGUGCGCCAGUGUUGGAUCUGCUUCAUGUUAUCCACUAUGCAUGCAACACUGCGAGCGAAUCUGUGGACCAUCGAAGCUUAUACAGCACCAGUUUCAAGGUCCAAAUCAAUCACUAUCACCAUCAGCUCCUUCACGUUUUGAAUCAGGUAAACUCGCCUGUGUGGACCCUUGCAUGCCAAAUUGCGAUCCACAAUGUAUGCUGGACCACUAUAUUAGUCAUCCUUUCCCAAAUUAA